AUUACUUAUAUGGGGGUACAGUUUGCAUUGAUUAUCAUUCUGUUCUGAGUAUAGUAAGAAUAAUAUGGAGUAGCACUUACUAAACUAAACUAUAAAAAAACAAAUACCUACAUUACUGAUAAAGAAUAUAUGAGAUAAAAUAAUCGAUAUUUCCUUAGAUCGAUAAUUCAUUCAAGCUCUAAAACGAUUGUCAUGUAUGACAGACAUUGACACUUGACAGACAGUUGUUAAAUGGAUUUAGUUCGGUAAAAUAAAAAAUUGUCAUUAAUGAAUGUAAAUAUUUAUUUACAUUGGGUGAAACAAUUUUAUCCAGGAAAUAUAGGACAUUGAAAAAGCCUAUUACGAGUAAAAUGUGAUUUAAUUUCUCAAGAAUUUGUAAAUCACAGCUAUGAAUUGUCAGAAAAAAAUUGUUUUACUUUUUAUUGUGCUUUCCCAGACGGUUUCUGAAGAACGAUUCUGUUCUGAGGAAGAAAAUUGUUCUGAAUAUACUUAUAACAAGUUUAGUAAAGAAAUCAAUGAACUAUCAUCUAAAAUUAACAAAGAAGUCCAAUUAGCUUUAGAGGAAUACGACCCAUGUGACAAUAAAUACUGCAAUUGCCACAGUUCUGUCAUUGAUAAAGACCUAGAGGUGUUUGCAGAUGGUAUAACUAAAGAUCAAUUCGCAUUAGCUCGAGCUAAAGGUACAAAAUAUCAGAUAAUAAAAGGCAAGUUAUACCGAGAGAAAGAUUGCCAUUUCCCUGCAAGAUGCUCUGGAGUAGAACACUAUUUAUCUGCGUUGGCGCCAAAAUUACCAGAUUUGGAGAUUUCAUUGAACACAAGAGACUGGCCACAAGUUAAUAGUGUAUGGGGACAUCCAAAAUCACCUGUAUUGUCUUUCAGUAAGACAAAAGACUAUUAUGAUAUUAUGUAUCCUGCUUGGAGUUUCUGGGAAGGUGGCCCAGCAAUUUCUUUAUACCCUACUGGUAUUGGAAGAUGGGAUAAGCACAGAGAAUCAAUAGCUGCUGCUGCUGAAAAGUGGCCAUGGGAUAAAAAACUAAACAAAGCCUUUUUCCGUGGCUCUAGGACAAGUGAAGAAAGAGAUGCUCUUGUGUUAUUAUCUAGAAGCACUCCCGACUUAGUUGAUGCACAGUACACAAAAAACCAGGCCUGGAAGUCUGAUGCGGAUACUCUUUAUGCACCUCCAGCAUCAGAAAUACCAUUUGAAGAACAUUGCAAAUACAAGUAUCUUUUCAAUUAUAGAGGCGUAGCUGCAAGUUUUCGCUUCAAGCAUUUGUUCUUAUGCAAAUCACUAGUAUUCCAUGUUGGAAAUGAUUGGCUAGAAUUCUUUUAUCCAUCCCUCAAACCCUGGGUUCACUACGUUCCUAUUUCUACCACUGCUUCUCAAGAUGAAAUUAAAAGAUAUAUAGAAUAUUUUCGGAAAAAUGAAGCAUUAGCCAGAGAUAUUGCAGAAAGGGGAUUCCAACAUAUCUGGGAGAAUUUAACAGAUGAAGAUGUCAAGUGUUACUGGAGAAAAUUAUUGAAAAAAUAUACAAAAUUAGUUAAAUAUACUGUACAAAGAGAUAAAGAUCUUAUAGAAAUAGUAUGAUAAUAACCUCUCAACAGAUUACAUUUUAAAUACUUUUGUAAGAAAAUAAACAGUUUAUUUUGGAAUUAAAGUAAUUUUAUUUCAUUCACAUUAUUGGGAUAUCAGACCAGUCAAUAGAGAAUAAUUUAAUAUAUUUUACUCAAUAAAAAGUACCUACACACUUAAAGCUGAUGAUUUCUAAUUGUAAUAACUUCUAACAUUACAUAAUGAAUUAGAUGACAAUAUUAUUGAUGAAGAUAAAUUUAAAAACUAUAACUGACAAAUAUAAAAAUAAGACACAAUUCCACAUAAAAUGAGAUCUCAAAAUUGGCAGGUUUUGAACAGGAUCAGACUCAUUAUAUAUAUGUAUUAAACAGUUGCAUUAAUAUUGUUGAAAAAUUAAAGGAUCUAGUAUCAAUUAUAAAUAUCUAGCGAAUUCAUGUUUUAUUUAUAUAAAUUUUUAAUUUUUGUCAGCCUAAAAUCUAGGUAUGUUUGCAAUAAAUCACAUUUAUUAAGUAAAAUUAUCGUUAAUCGACUAUAAAUCAAGCUUAUAUUAUUAAUUAUAAUAUCUUCAUCGAAGUGUUUAGCUGAAGUCGCGAUCGGGGAAGACGGCUGGCGCAGCCAGAGUCCAUAUGUAUAGCCCGAUGCACAGCCAUGACGAUGUUAUUUUAAUCCACAUAGAAGCAGCGUUUUCCUUGGACAAUUCGGAGCUUGGACUGUAACAAUUCUCAAGUUUAAUGAAAAGCAGACAUGUAUGCUUCUAUAGAGAGCGGUUUAUACAGGGUCAGUGU